GAUGUGGGAGGGAGGAGGGAGUGUUAUCUCUCCCACAUCACUGGCGUGGAAUGAGGAAAAUUACAUGUUCGCAGUAGGCAACCCAAAUUACACGGCGCAAAGUAGUGGGUCAGGAUCAAGAAUCGAGUGUGACUGUGACUAUUGACAUUGACAUUGGCAAUUCGUUGAAUAGGUAUUAUGGAAGUUAAAAGUGAAAUUAAGAAAGAGUUUACUGAAUAUGACCAAAUAUUAGGUCAUCUAUGGACAUCAGUAGAUCUCCAAAACUUAUUAACUAAAGGAAGAGCAUCCAGGUAAGACCAGAAAUAACAAAUAGGGAUGUUCACUAAUUUUUAAAUAUAGUUAAUUAAUGUAUAUUUCUUAAGAUAAAUGAGUUCAUAAUGUUGAUUUUCUUGGAGGCUAGAAAAACGGUUCCCUGCAGCGAGGCUACGGCCGGUGACGUCAGUAGUCGUAUCGACUGUGAUUGGGUCUAAUUCCCUAGUUCUGUAUCUGUAAUCUUAUUAAACUUAUUUACGAAGUGUAUUUGCAGUUCUUUACGUAUUUAAUUAGUAAAAAUUGAAGAAAAUGAAGCCAAAUAAGUGGUGUUUUGUUCCUGGGUGUGUAAAUACAUCGAAAAACAAUUCUGGCAAGAUUUUUAUUACCAUUCCAACCAAUUUAAAAAAGAAAAAGAGAUGGUUUGUUGCAGCUAGAAGGGACAUCAAGAAAGUGUCAAUAAAAACCAAGUUUUUCUGUUGUGAAGAUCACUUUAUUCUUAAAGAAGACAUGGAAAAUUAUAUGGAAUAUACUCUCAGUAAAGUUGCUGCUCGGAUGAAACCUGAAGUAGUUCCCCAUAUAUUUACUUGUCAGACAGACAAAAAAAAAACUAUCUUGCAGCCAAGUAGUGAAAGUAGAGGCAAAAAAAAAAUAUCAGAUAUUUUAGUGGAAUCUGAGUUGUCAACAAGCAAGUCAACAUUACCUGAAGAUAUACCAGAUCAUCAGCAGCCAAGUACUUUAUACCAGGCCAAGUAUCAGACUGAAGCUGAAGAAACAUUGUCAUCACCUUCUAAAGUUGACUUUGGUUGUCAGGCCAAUCCAGUUCAAUAUCGCACUAUGGAGAUUAAAGUUACAAAGAAAGAGUUUGCAGAAUAUGAUCAUAAAGAUAAUAAUAUAGAGAAUAAACUAUCCACAUCAAUAGAUCUUCAAGACUUGAAGGAUGAACCAAAGGAAGAUCAUCCAGCAAUGGAAAUGAAAGUUGAAAAGGAAGAGUUUGCAGAAUAUGACUAUAAAGAUAAUAAUAUAGAAAAUCAACUACCCACAUCAAUAGAUCUUCAACACUUGAAGGAUGAACCAAAGGAAGAUCACCCAGCUAUGGAAAUUAAAGUUGAAAAGAAAGAGUUUGCAGAAUAUGACCAUAAGAUAAUGUACAGAAUUAAUUAUCCACAUCAAUAGAUCUUCAAGACUUAAAGGAUGAACCAGAGGAAAAUCAACUAGGUUGUUUAGCAAUAAGAACAUAGUUAAAGUGAUGAAAACACCUGAACAUUCAUCUCAUAAAGAAGAUUUGGGUAGAAACAUUGAAGAGAAAACAUUAAGUAAACAUAUACAGGGUGUCCCCGAAAAUAGUGCGUUCCUUUAAAGUAUGGAUAUAAUACACAAUUUAGAACAAAAAAGUCCUAUAACAUUUUUUUCUAAAGUUAACCGUUUCCAAGAAAAAAUUACAUUGUUUGCCAUAUAGGUGAAUUUUUAUUUUCAUAAAUUUUAAUGACCUGGCAACGUGGCGAAGAAGACCUUGUUUAUAACUGGAAAUUUAACCUAAUUCAACCCCUUGUUUAUUUACAAUAGGGAACUUGCAUAAAUUUUUAAAUAUUAAAAUAAUAUUAAAAAACAUAAGGUAACAUGAUCUUAAAACGCUUGCAUGCGAAAGAAACAAAUAUUUUUAACCCGUACGCUAAUUACGACGUUUUGAAAAUGCUAUAAAAUUCAAAUAUCUUAGGGAGGCUCUUGAACGUCCUUCUAUUCAUCUGACGUCAGAGGCCACGGUCAACCGGGCUAGCUAGCAGUCGGAAACAACGCGAUUAGGUAUUACGGGUAUAUUACAUUUUAAUCGUAUUUAAAUGGAAAUUACCAGCUAUUAUUUGUAUUCUUGCAUAGUUCUACAAUCAGUUUAUUUACUUUAAAGUGAAAUUUAUAAAUCUUUAGAAAUUACUAAUGUGUUUAUAACGUAUAAGUACUAUUACUCACGAGGGGUUUUCAAAAGAAAGCGAUUAAGUACAAUAGUACAUUUUAAUCGUCUUUAAUUGAAAAUUCCUAGUAUUUCGAUCGUAUUUUCCUUGUAUUUCGAUCACAAAAUCAUUGAGUAGAUAUACAAAAAAAUCAAUUUAAAAUUACUUUCCCGAUAUUACUCCUGACUGUAAAUUUAUGAGUGCACAAACAAUUUUUGUUAUAUUAUCUGUAUGUGAUAUCAAUUUGCUAUCAAUACAGGCAUGGGGGCUAAGCAAGCAAAUUCUCUUAAUCUACGUAUAACUCGUUCAAUGUGAAUUAUUAAACUAGCUACUCUUUUUGUUUCAAAUACUUCACUUUUUGUAAGUUUUGUACUUGAAAAUACACUUGGUGGUCUAAUUAAUUGGCAAUCUCUGCUAACUAACAAAUGGUCUAUGUGUUUAAAACCCCUGUCAGCCAUUACCGCCACUUUCGGUGGAAGAACAUUUAAAAAACCACUGUGUUCAAGAAUAACUGCAUCCGACGUUCUUCCACCGAAAGCAGUAGAAAUAAAAUUAAUAAUCCCAUCAGGAGUGCAAGCAAUUAAAUAUUUUAGAGUAUUGCACUUUUUGUAUUCAGACCAUGUUAAGGACUGUUUAACAGAAUCUGAUGGUUUUUCAAUUUCUAAGCAAUCGAUAAUACAAAAUACUUUACUAUAACGAGCUCGAAAUGCUAAGGGUAAGUUUAAUUUAACUGAACUCACUUGGGGAUUAAAAAUACAAGAUCUUAAAUAUUUACUAAGUAAUGGAACAGAUUUUGCAAAUAUUCUCGAUGCAUUGCUUUCGCUUAUGCCGAAAUCAUCUCCAAGAGACAUAAAUGUUUGUCCUGUUCUUAUCUUUUUAAGAGUUAAAAAUAGAUGCAUUGUUUGAGUCUAACAAUAUUUUUCCAUUAAUUGAAACGUGUAAAAUGCAUAUUCUGGUAGCCCCAUAUACAGUCUAGGUCUAUAUUGUAACUUCAUCACUGUACACUUCAAAGACAAACUUUUAAAUUGUUUUGCUUCCACUUCUUUCGUAUCUUCAUCACAAGAUAAAGAAUCACUUUCAUUGUACCAACAGUCAUCACUACCACUAUAUUCACUAUACUCUUCAAAUACAGAACUUCCUGAUUCACUUUUUGUAUCUUCAAAUAUUUGCAAGUCUUUUAUAGGUGAAGUUCCUGCAUCCUUAUUAUGUAUUUUCAAUGGCGACAACCCGACUGUAACACUCCUUUGAAAUUUGCACUGAAUACCUUUACUUCUUAUUUUGAUGUGAGUCUGUGUGAUUCAGUUUUUGAGGUAAAGCUGAUUGGUUUAAUUCAGGUCCUGAUUGUACUAAGUUUGUGAAACUAGGAUCACAUUGUCUCUUAUCAUCAUUGUCCUCUAAAACAGACUUAGAUGUAGAAGCGGCAUCUUCAAGAAGCUGUCGUUUAACCCUUUUAAGAAAAAGCUCCCUCACAGGCUGAGAAAAAGCUCGUUUUCUGUCUGGUUGACAAUCAAAUAUGUGCGGGACAACACCUGACUUAAUAAUUUUGGGACCACCCAUAAUCUUGAAUUUUAUAUAGUUAUCCAUAUCUUGUUCCAACUGCAACAAAUAAACAAGUAUAAGUGGGCACUUUUCAUGAAACGAUAACUAAUAUUUUUUUAAGUAGAAAAUAGGUACCUAAUUAGAUAAAUACUUACAUCAAAAUGAUCCUCACAGACAUAAAGACCUACGCUUUUUUGUGAAAUAUCCUUUUUAUCUCGCCUGCAUGCCUUUAGCCAUUUUAAUCGACGUUUUGGUUCUUUUGGUAGAGUAAAAAAAUGUUUGUUGGAUGUUCUGACAGUUGUGCUUUUGCAUCCCGGCACUAUACAGUACUUAAUAUUGCGCAGAUUUGUUUUCCAUUUUGAUAAAGUAUAUUACACAAUAAAUACACUAAACUACACUAAAUACACUAACAUAAAUACCGAGCAAACGUCACAGUUAUUCGACACGCACAACUGGCAAUGGCAAACUGCAUUCAAAUCAAUAGCCCACCGAACGGGCAAAAACGAUAAGAGUGGCCUGUGACGUCAGACCCAAGCUCGCGCUUUUGAAGUUGUUUGAAACGGAAAUUUUAGGCGCAGAACUUUGAUCAGAUGUUGUACGUACACUAUUCAUUGUUAAGACGUAAUAUUUUGAAUAUAACAUUUUUAAACAUAAAUUAACAAUUUUAUGCAAAAAAAUUUUUUAGUGCAAGUUCCCUAUUGGUGUGAUUUUUGGGGUUUUUGACACCUAUAACGUACCUGCAAUUCUUAUCUAUGAAUUACACGAAAUAGCCAAUGUCAAAUUUUUGGUUUGUUUGAUGUGAGGGGCGACCAUCCCUGCAGAAAUAAAUAUCGGUUUGGUUGAUAUUUACAUUAUUUUACCUACCACUAACUGACCUACAAACCUAGAUACUAUUUUUCUACCUUCAGAUUUUUAAAUUGUGCGUUGUUGCCAGACCUCAAUUUGCAUAUCAAAAUGUAUUUUCGUUUUUUGGUCAAACGGCUGAAUUUAGAAAAAAAUUUUAUAAUACUUUUUUGCUCUACAUUGUUCCUUCUACCUAUACCUUUAAGGAACACACUAUUUUCGGGGAUACCCUGCAUAUUACAGUACAAACUGGAAAUGGGCCUUACACGUGUGCAAUUUGUUUAAAACAAUUUUCCCGUCGACUUAAUCUGAACAAACAUUCGAAAAUACAUACUGGAGAAAAACCUCAUAAAUGUGAAAUUUGUUUUAAGCAGUUUAAUGAUAAAAAUAAUUUAGAAACACAUUUGAGACUGCACACUGGGGAAAAUUGUUAUAAGUGUGAAAUUUGUUUUAAGCAAUUUGCACAAGUAAGUAAUUUGAAGUACCAUUUGAGAAUAAAAACCGGCGAAAAUCCACACAAAUGUGAACUUUGUUUGAGACAGUUUACUCAACCAAGGACUCUGCAAUUACAUAUGAUGACUCACACUGGAGAAAAGAAUUACAAGUGCGAAAUGUGUUUGAACCAGUUUACUCAAGCCAGUAAUUUGAAAUCCCAUUUGAAAACACACACUAGAGAAAAGCCUCAUAAAUGUGAAAUUUUUUUGAAGCAGUUCCCUCUGGCAAGUACUUUGAAAAAACAUUUGAGAAUACACACUGGAGAAAAACCUUACAAGUGUGAUAUUUCUUUAAAACAGUUUACUCAAGCCAGUAAUUUCAAAUCACAUAUGGUGACUCACACUGGAGAAAAACCCUACAAGUGCGAAAUUUGUUUCAAGCAGUUUACUUUAGCAUUUACUCUAAAAUCACAUAUGAUGGCUCACACUGGCGAAAAGCCUUACAAGUGCGAAAUUUGUUUUAGGCAGUUUACUAAAACCAGUCAAUUGAACUUACACUUGAAAAGACACCAUUAGAGAAUUGAGGGGGUCAGACGUAAAAGGGUUUAAGUGCAGUUUUGAUAGUUCUGAGAUAAUCGGUAAUUUUCUGGUAAAAUGAUUCAAGCGCACAUAAAUCCGUUUACUACUAAUGCAAACUGCACUAUUGUUUUCAUUAAAUUAAAUGAAAUGGCGACUGUAGGGCAAAAUAUGCUUGAAUCCUUUUACUACCAAGUUAUAAUACCAUUUAAAUACGCGAAUCGGUACUUCGAGCAUGUUUUUAGAAAAGUGCAGUUAAAUCCUUCUACUUCUAACCCCCUCAAUUAUAAGAGCUUUAUAAGUAUUGUUCUGAAGCUACUCUCUUGUUGCACCUUAAUGUAAUUUACUAUUUUUCUUGGGAAUAGGCAACAAUAAGUUUAUUUGACGUUUCGAUAUAAAUUGAUUUUUUGUACAAUCUCGCUUCCUAUAGUUUUAGUUGAUUUGUUGAUUUCGCAGUCAUGUGGUCACAAUACAGCAUUCUCAUCGGGCUGUUGGGGAUAUGUUAGUUUGGGUCCGUUUUUGAAACAAAAAUUCAACUGUGAAGCUAAAAAUAUCGUAUUUUUCGUCCGUGUUUGAAGGAAACUAUUAUCGCCGUUGAAAAGAACAGGAAAAAUGCUAUGAGAAACCACUUUUUUUUAAUUAAAUUUUUAUUUUUUUACACAUGUCCGUCUUUGAUAUGAAGCCACUCAUAUACCGGGUGUCCACUUAUAUUUUCCCCCAUUUUAACUGCCUAUAACUUCUAAACGGCUUAAGAUAGAAAUAUGCGGUUUUCGAUGAAAUGUUUUAUUUUAGUAAAAGUUUUGUCUGAAUGGAUUGAAUUUUUUAUAUCGCUUUCAAAUACGAAAAGAAAAAUGGCGGAUUUUUGAAAAAACGUUGUUGACUUUUUUUAAUGGAAUACCCAGUAUAUUUUUUUGUAAAUUGAAAGAAAGGUCAUUCACCUAUCCAGCGAUAUAAAGUUUUUCAAAAUCGGUUGUCAAAUCACUGAGUAAUUAAUUUUUAAAAUGAGCGGUGCCACGUGGAUAUUACAUACCUAAAUAACAAAACUAAGCAAAAUGAUAUUAUGUUAUGUGAUUUCCACAUUGCAUCUUUCAUUCUAAAAAUUAUUUGCUCAGUCAUUUGUCAACCGAUUUAAAAAAAUUUAAUAUCGCUGGAUAGGUAAAUGACCGUUUUUUUAAGCUACAAAAAAAUAUACGGGUGUUUCAAUAAAAAAAGUCAACGUUUUUUUUUCCAAAAAUCCGCCAUUUUUUAUUUAAAAGCGACAUAAAAAAUGGUCAUUUACCUAAAAACUUGAAAAAACGGUCAUUUCCCUAUCCAACGAUAUAAAUUUUUUUAAAAUCUGUGGUUGAAUGACUGAGCAAUUAAUUUUUAAAAUGAGAGAUGAAAUGUGGAAAUCCAUAACAUAAUAUCAAUUUGCUUAGAUAUGUUAUUUAGGUAUGUGAUAUCCACGUUGCACCUCUCAUUUUAAAAAUUAAUUACUCAGUGAUUUGACAACCGAUUUUGAAAAACUUUACAUUGCUGGAUAGGUGAAUGACCUUUCUUUCAAUUUACAACAAAAUAUACUGGGUGUUACAUUAAAAAAAAGUCAACGUUUUUUUCAAAAAUCCGCCAUUUUUCUUUUCGUAUUUGAAAGCGAUAUAAAAAAUUCAAUCCAUUCAGACAAAACUUUUACUAAAAUAAAACAUUUAAUCGAAAACCGCAUAUUUCUAUCUUGAGCCGUUUAGAAGUUAUAGGCAGUUAAAAUGGGGGAAAAUAUAAGUGGACACCCGAUAUUAUACAGUUUAAAGUAUUUGGAUACCUUUAAAAUGAUAUUGCCUAUUUAAUUAACAAACUAAGUUCUCAAUCCAGUAGUACAGAAAACGACAAUAAAUAUCGUUCUUAUACCACUGAUCAUACCGCAGAUUAACAACAGAUGGAAACUCUCUGGUUACUACCUCCGCGGCUUUCAAAAAUUAUAAGCCAUACGGGUGCCGAGACGAACAUUAAGAUGAGCGAAUUUUAAACAAUUCACGUCCCAUCUGCUCAGCGUGGUAAAGUUCCAACGAGAAGGUUUCCUAAGUACUCCACAAAAGAGUAAAUGGAUUAAAAAUGUAUAAACAUUUUCAAUUUCUUUGCAACUUGAAAAUGCAGCAGCACCACAUUCUAGUUAAAUCGGAGAGUGCAUAAAGAGUCUAUACCGGUUUUUUUUUUGCCCUAUCAUCAGUACUCCCAUAUCCUCUUCUCCAGUGGUGUAGUGGUAAAAUUAGCUGUGCCGGAGCUAUACCUCUACCGGAAAAUUUUUGAAAAUUAGCCUACUACCCAAAUCGUGAGUUUUAGGCCCUUUGGCAAAUGUUUUGAAAAGUUUAAUAAUUAAACUAAUUAAUGAUCUUUUAGAGUGAUAGUAGUUACAGUAGGGCCUCCUACACAUUCUCCUCCAAAGAAUAAUUUUAACUUAAAAUAUGGUAAGACUUUCUUAAGGUAGAUUAUUACAGUUUGAUACCUUAAAAACUGUUUUUAAGGUAUCAAACCAUAAUAAUCUACCUUAAAAACUCUAUAAUUUAAGUUGGAAGCCUUGCUGACAUUGCAGACGAGACGCAACUACAACUGAGCAGGAUUAGCAUGGCCGGGUGGGCUGGAGAUGCGCAGUAGCUACGGAGUGGAUUUCAGUGGUGGGGGAAGCGACUCCGGCGACUCAGUCUGUUGCCGCUCUCACUGCCGUGUGUAUCGCUCCAGUCUACAGUGUACAGGGCCAGCUCGCUCCGCUACCGCUCCUCGGGCGGGGCGCGGGUGAUCGGAGCGUCGAGUGAGCUAGAGAGAAAUCGAGGGGGAGAGGCGAGAGAUAAGAAGGACACAAUAUUUCAAUAUUGUUGUGGCUAUUCCUCCUUCCGUGGUGGGGGGAGGGUUGUGGUGACACGGACACGGUAGUGCUGGGCGCGGACCGCUGAGAUGUCUAUCAUGUCUAUCCAUCAACUAUCCCGUCUGCCAGUCGCUCGCUCAACUUUUGCGCUUACAAUUACGAACUACCUAAUCGUAGCUGCGUAUGCCUUAACUGAUUAACCACGAUAACUAACGUGUAAAAAUUACUUAGUAAAGGACAAAACAAUAUUUUCUAAAUAAAACAAUUUCAGAUCUAUUUUUGUCCUAUAUAAAAAAUUCGAUUGAAAAAAUCGUAGCCGGAGCGCCGCUCCCCCUUCAAAAGCUGUGCCGGAGCGACGCUCCGGACCGCUCCGGCUCCACUACACCACUGCUCUUCUCUCCGAUUCAACCAGACACCUCGAUGCGUGCCUUCCCAGAUUGCAAAAAAAAAAAGAAAUGUCACGGAUAUUGUAGCGACAUCUACUAAGAAACAAACUAAGUUCUUAAUCCAGUAGUACAGAAAACGACAAUAAAUAUCGUUCUCAUACCACUAGAUUGACAACAGAUGGAAGCUCUCUGGUUACUACCUCCGCGGCUUUCAAAAAUAUAAGCCAUACGGGUGCCGAGACGAACAUUAAGAUGAGGGAAUUUUAAAUAAUUCACGUCCCAUCUGCUCAGCGUGGUAAAGUUCCAACGAGAAGGUUUCCUAAGUACUCCACAAAAGAGUAAAUAAAUUAAAAAUGUAUAAACAUUUUCAAUUUCUUUGCAACCUGAAAAUGCAGCAGCCAGGGCUGCUUUAUCCAUUAGGCCUUAGGCAAUAUAGGCAGUUGCCUAGGGCGGCAAAUUAUGAGAGGGCGGCAAAAAUACUGUACAAAAUAUAUUUGUAUAUAAAAAUUAAAAUCGAAUAACAUUUAAGUACAUCUGUACAUCCAUCAAUGGAAUAUAAGUGGGCAUUCAUUUCUACAAAACAAAUUGCAUUUUCUUAACACUAUUCAUUCAAAAAGGACAGAAGUCGUAAAUUUAGGGAUUAUUGGGCCGUCGUCGGCAGCACCGCAAAGGCGGCGGGCGCACUGUUCUAUAUUUUUUUGAAACUGAAUCCUUUUGGGUUAUUCGUCGUUGAAAAUUUGCCAUUUUCAUUGAAAAAUGUCGCCUUUUCGGACGGUUUUUUGCGAUUACCUUAAAAAUUAUGCAUUUAACAAAAAAACUAUAUAUAAAACAUUUUUGUAGCUUUUAUGGUCGAUUUUAAGGGUAUAAUGCUAUCAAUAUCUUGUGUAAUUACUGCCUAAAAAGACCUUUAAAAUGACCGCACUGUUAAAUUUCGAUUACAUUCAAACUAAGCGAGAUAUGGUGCAACAAAAAAGGAUGACCAAUUUAUUUUAAGAUAAAAUGCGAAAUAUGUAUAUUUUAACCCCUCAUCCGCCAGAUUUAAAUGCAUCGUUUUACUUCUACAAUACAUUUUACUAUAGUGUUAUUUCUAUGUUCAACAAGUUGGACGGGUUUAAAAUGUAUGGUUUUUGAAAAAAAUAAGAUAAAAUUAUAGAGCAUUUUUAAUUUUUUUUUAAUAUUCCUUUUUCUCCAUGUAACUCGAAAAUGAUAAUGAGAUACAGUAAUGAUAAAAUUGUUAUCUAAAAGAAAACCUACAUUUUUGUAAGGUAUUUUUUUUAUGUAUCUCUUAUCACUUUCGAAUUAUAUGGAGAAAAAGGAAGAUUUGUAAGGAAAUUUAAAAAUACGCUCUAUAAUUUGAUCUUAUUCUUUUCAAAAACCAUUCAUUUUAAACCCGUCCAACUUUUUGAAUAUAGAAAUAACACUAUAGUAGAAGGUAUUCUAGAAGAAAAACGAUACAUUUAAAUUCUGGUGUAUGAGGGGUUAAAUAUACCUACUUCUCAUUUUUCCUUAAAAUACAUUAGUCAUAAUUUUUUUGCACCAUAUCUCGCUUAGUUUGAAUGUAACCGACAUUUAACAGUUCUCGUUGUAAAGGUCUUUUCAAGCACUACAAAAGGUAUUCGUAGCAUUAUACCCCUAAAAUCGACAAGUUCUGUUAUUUUAAGUUGAAUACGCACUAAAAAAAUCUUUUUUCACCUACCAUCUCUUUUUUUAUUAAAACUAGAAGAUUUAUGAAAAAAGGAAUCUCUCUGAUUUUUCAUAAAUUACAAAAAUGUUUUCUAUAGUUUUUUCGUUAGAUGUACAAUUUUUAUCGUAUUCCCAAAAAACAUUCUCCGAAAAGUGUCAUUUUUCAAUGAAAAUAGCAAAUUUUUAACCACGAAUAAAAAAGUAUCGAGUUUUCAAAAAAAUUUAUAAAACAGUUAUUGCUUAGAAUUUGGUUCUCUGGCCACUUCCGAUGUUAGUUUGAUAAAAAAAAAUUCCACCCCCGAGAACGGGUGGGAACCACCCCUAAGUUAAAAGCGUCAUAGGAUAUAGCGUAGAAUUUGUUUCUUGAGCUAUUCCCUACUUACAGUGAAAAUAUCAAGUAAAUUGAUGCAGUAGGAUGAAAUUCGGAGCCAAAUACCCUCACUGAUUGCACUACAUCAUUCAUACAUGAAUGCAUUCACUUAAAGGUGCAUUUGGAUACCACAAUAAAAUCACCAAUCACCAAUAAUUGACAUAUCUAAAUAUUUAAAGAAGAGUGGAUUGAAAGAUAUUUUCGCUAAUUUUGAUAUUACUUGGCGCAUUUAUUUGUGCCUCUCAGUUGCCAACCAACGUCAACGUGUCCGCUGAAAGGUCAUUUUCGAAAAUGUCAAGAAUUUAAAAUAGUCAUGAAAAUAAUUUCCGAUCAAGUAUGACGCAAGAAAGUCUUAACAAUUUGUCGAUUUUGUCUAUAGAAAGUGACGUAACAAAGGCGAUAAAUUAUGGCGACAUUAUAGAUGAUUUUUCCAAAGAAAAAUCAAGAAAGAAAUCUGAUGUGAUCGAACUGGAAUGACAAUUUUUAUGCAUUCUUGUUUAAAUAAAAAAAUCUGCUUGCAUUUUUUUCGCAAAAAUGGUACAUGCUUGAAGGGCGGCUACUAGAGAAUUGCCUAGGGCGUCAAUUGACCUAAACGCGGCCCUGGCAGCAGCACCACAUUCUAGUUAUCGGAUAGUGCAGGAAGAGUCUAUCCUGGUUUCGGGCCUUUUUUGCCCCAUCAUCGGUAGUCUCAUAUCCUCUUUUCUCCGAUUCAACCAGACACCUCGAUGCGUGCCUUCUCAGAUUGCAAACAAAUUUCCCACCUAUUUAAUUAAUUUUGCGAGUAAAAUAAAUGUAAGACCAAAUACUGGUGAUAUAUUUUUUCCUCAUGAUUUACUAUGGGAUCAUUAACGAGAAAAUUUUACUGUCAUCAUUACAUAUGGUUUUCUUUUUAAAGACAAAUCACAUGGUAUGAUCGUUCUGACAGAUAUUCUUCAGUUGAGUUCAUGUAAUCAAAUGAACUAUCUUACAAUACAGUCGCCCCAGCAACGCAGCAAACAUAUUGGCAAUAUCAUUUUAAAGUCUUCUACUUUAAAAUCUAUAAUAUAUGUCUGAAUUAUUAUCAAUAUGAUUGAAUUAGAUAAAAUUAAAUUAUUAGAAGAACGUUUUACCAAGCAACAAAAACAAAAGUUGUUAAUUUAUUAAUGUUUAUUAAUGUUAAACUUAAAGUAAAAUUGUGGUUUAUUCCCAACAAAAUAGUAAAAAGUAUUUAUAAGUAUAAAAUUUGUUCUAAACAAUUUGCUGUUUGUCACAUACUAAAUAUAAAAUGUCAUUAUAAUUAUUAAAUCGUUUGCUUUUUCCUUA